CCCCCCGCUGCCCGUCGUCGCUCCGCGCGCCGACCUCGGCUCAGUCUCUCGCCGAUCCUCUUACGAGUUAGUGCUUUUCAAUACCGUACUACCCGGCGUCCGCGGAUCCGAAUGUGAAAUUGUGUUACUAUACCAUGGUUACAGUGUUUAUUUUUGAGAGUUGGAAAAAUCUGUGAAAAUUUUUAAGCGCAACGAAGAAAGCCGAUCUCUCCCGCUCCGUUCAACACCCGGCGGCGAGAUGUCGGUGAUGCAGAAGAGGCAGCACUGCUACUUGUGCGACUUGCCCCGCAUGCCGUGGGCAAUGUUACACGAGUUCUCGGAGGCGGUGUGCCGAGGAUGCGUCAAUUACGAGGGUGCCGAUCGCAUCGAGGUGGUCCUCGACACGGCGCGGCAGCUCAAGCGAGCCCACGGCUUCCAGGAAGGCCGCGGGCCUGCACACGCUAAGGGUGCCCACCGGGCUCCGCUUGAGGCUCAUCAAAAUGGAGUCGAGAGCGCGCCCAGGGGGCAGCCGGCGCCACCGGCUCAUCACACUCCAACAGCAGGAUUCACGUUACACCAUGCUCGCCCGACUGCAACUGCAGGAUUAUUGACGGAAUACAGCCGACGGGAGGAUCACGAGGGCCGCCGCCUUGCACAUUUGCCGACGCACCACCUGCCAACUCAUGGCGGCGCAAGACUAGCACCCGGUUUGACGUUGAAGCGGCCGCUAGAGGACGACGAUCAUCAGAAUCACCACGAACCCGCUAAGCGCCUUCUGGAAGAACACCCCCGGCCACCGCUAACCCGCGGCGACUCUUUGCCUGCCGUGUCUCUGGCUGCACCGUUCGCGCCCGACCGGGUUUUCAAGCAGGAAAAACACCCACUACGCACACCGUCGUUUGAUGCCAGUUCGUUCAAAGCUAACGGUUACGGUAACAGCGCACCUCUCACGAAUGGGUCUGCGGGAUCUCCUCUGGGACGCACUGCAGGAUCGCCGCCGGUGACUGGUGCAGGUGGUGCAGGUCCGUCUCCGAUGGCAGCACUUAUGUCCGUUGCGGACACACUGCCACCCGGUUCUCCACGCUCUGCCGGCGGUUCGCCACCGCAGGCGCCGCAGCAGCAGCGUUCCAACAGCCGCUCCAGCCAACAUUCGCCCAACUCCUCAGGGUCUAACGGCGGGCGGCGGUCGUCGGGUUCGCGGCAUGUAUCGUCGACGACGUCGGUGUCGUCGACGGAAGCAGGCGAGGGUGGGGAAGCGGGCGCCGCGGCUGCGCCGCUACUCAAAUGCACUCUCUGCCAAGAGCGGCUCGAAGACACGCACUUCGUGCAGUGCCCCUCCCAACCGCACCACAAGUUCUGCUUCCCCUGCUCCCGCGACUCCAUCAAGAGACAGCAAGGAUCUGAGGUUUACUGUCCGAGCGGUGAGAAAUGCCCACUGGCGAACUCGACGGUCCCAUGGGCGUUCAUGCAGGGUGAGAUCGCCACUAUUCUGGGUGAGGAGUUCAAGCCGAAGAAGGAACGGGAGACCUAGGGCAGCGUGGCGAUGCCCCGACUGUACCUCUUGUCACUGCCGCUGUAACGCGACAGUUAGUGCUCCUCCGCAGGAGGAGAAGCCGCGGCACGCGGCCGCAGGCGCCCAAGGGCGCGCGGCUCCGCGGCGGGCUGGCCUUAAAGGCCACAUCAACCGAUCACUUGUCUUGUAUAUAGCUCUGUAUAUAAUCUUACUUUAGUUCGCUCUCCGAUACUGUCAACUGUUCGGAGCAGGAUAUGCGCCGUAUUCAGCGUGUUGGAUUUGUAAUUUUUUAAUAUUUAUUGGAGACUCAGGGGAGUUAUUUUAAUUAGUGAUUAAUCGCGCGACAAGAAUGGUGCAAUAUUCUGAAUGUAGUACAUAUCCGUUUUCGACGAAUUUUGGAUUUGUCCUGUUGAAAAUUUUCCGGGGGGUGGCGGUGGUGCAAGGAAGCGUCGCUUCCCGAGCGCGUCGAUCUCGCGCGAUGUGGGAUUUAUUCGGAUGCCAUUUUCUUAGUUACCUGUAGGUCCCGAACCAUAGUGAACUUGGCAUUUAUUUAUGUGAUUCUUAUACACUGUACAAGUAUUACACAAUAUAUAAUGAUCAUGACAUAUUUAGUAGUCAGAUGUACUGAUUAUAUAAACGUAGAUUUUCGGUAUGCGGAGGUGGAUAACUCCAUGUACAAACCUUAUUUCGGUGUAUAUGUGUAUUUAUUGUAUACCGCAAAAGCGCAAUAAUC